UGCUUCACAAAGACAUAUCAGCUGGAAACAUUAUGAUUCGAAUACGCCGAGGCCACCUGGAAUAUUUUCUCAUUGGUUGGGAUCUGUAUGCUUGGCCGGAUAUGUAUGUUUUUGAUUUCAAACAGACUUUGGUUUGGCAUCGAGCAGCUUGGAAGCGGAUUCUCAAGAUGAAGAAGGGGAAUUCUUAGAUUAUGAUGGAACCCCUGAAUUUGUCAGCCCCCGAUUGAUGAAGGGAUCUAAGCCCAAUCAAUUCGAUGACAUCUAUUCACUCACAAUUUCCUUGAUAAAACUUAUGAAGGAAAAGUUACCAUGGACAGGGUGUACAGAGAAGGUAACAUCUAACAUUUGAAAGAAGGGAAACCAAUUUCAAUCGCCCCUGACAUAAAAAUGCAGGAAAUGUUCCAAAUGAAAACCGAGUUUUCUGCCAAAUCAAUAUGUGCAAAUCUUCAAUCGAAUUACAAAAUUCUUCUUGAGGAAGUGAUUCAAUUUGACUUGACAAAUCAAAUUUCGUAUGGCCGCAUAUUACAUCUUGUAGAGGAAAUUUCCGCAGAUGUGGACGUAAGUGACGCUGUGCAGUUUUUGUCAAAGAAAGACAAUAGGGACGCUCGCAAGCGAAAGGAUUCUUUUGCCGAAAUCAAGAACAUUCAAGUCAAAAGGGUUCGUGUUUGACAUCAUCCUUUCAAGAGUCACGACUAGCCACCAAGUAGCAAAGAAACUUGUCCUUUCUCAUGUUCAAUAACAAAA